AUGGUUUUGAGAGGCGGAGAGCAAACACACGUGAAAGCGACAGAUGAAAGACAACCGAAUGCGUCGAUUCCGGUGUUUAUAACACAACCUUUAUCUCAUGAUUUGUACGGAUAUAAUGCUGACAAAGAAGUGUUCGGCACUUAUAAGUUGAUCGAUAGCUUCAAAUUUAAUAAUAAAAUUCAAACGACUCCCACAUCACAGCUAUCAUUGCCAACACAGACCCCACAAAACAUGACAACUAAGGUAUCGACAGCUAAGAGUGAUAAUGAGGAGCACUGGAAACAAGUGAUUGUUCCGGUUGUAGACAACACACCAACUACUGUCCCAUCAAUCAAUUCUCCACAAACAUCACCAAAUCGUUUAUUAUAUGCCAAUCCAGUCUACAAUCCAGCGAUGGCCCGACAGAUUGGUAUGAGUACUCUAAUGAUGAGCGGUCUGUUAUAUGGACUAACUAUGUUGCCGGCUAUUAUUGCAUUAACUACCGGUUCAUCUCCAUUAGCAGGUCUAUUCAGUAGUUUGGGUCGUCGUAAGAGAUCACUGGUGAAUGAGUCCUAUACUUAUAGACAAUUACCACUUCUUAAUAAUGAAGAAACCUAUAAAUUUUUAAAACUAUUUGAAAGCACUUUAGCCGCAAGAAAAAUCGAGAAUCCUAUUUGCAAGAAGUACUACACCUGUAAAGUCUAUUAUCAAGUGUUAAAAAGCGGUGAAAAACCUAAAUUACCGGUCUUUGAAAACGCUAUAAUCAAUGUUUUCGGUAUUGCUGUGGAGAGACGAGACUUUAAAUUGCAAUUAAUACCGACCGUCAAAAUGUAUUAUAAUGUGGCAAAGGAUGCACUUAAAGGAGAAUCCUGUGCCCGACGAUAUCCCUGUCCUUUUCAAGCACACCAUUAUAUCAAACAUGGAAUAUAA